AUGGAGCAGGUCAAGCAGCUGCAGGCCGAGGGCAACGCGUUCUACUCCGAGGGGCGCUACGACGCCGCGCGCGCGAGCUACACGCGCGCCAUCGCGCUGCUAACUGCAGGAGAUGAAUGCGCGUCCAAUUCCGCGUCUAUUGAUGCCAGCGCGGCCUCGUGGAAGGCUCUGACGGCCGCGCAAUUGCUCUCCAACCGCGCGCAGACCUCCACCCAGGAGCGCGACUUUGCGGCGGCGCUGCACGACGCGACGCUGGCGCUGAAGCACGACCCGGGGAACGAGAAGGCGACGCUCCGUAAGCUCGUGGCGCUCGAGAACUUGGAGCGCUUCGAGGCGGCGCUGCACCUGGUAAACGCCGUGCUGGACAACGGCGAGAGGAGCGCGCCGACGGUUUUCCAGUACUGCGUGGCGGCCAGGCGGCGCCUGCGCAAGAAUCUGGCGCGGGACCGCGAGGUGGCUGCCAGCGAGGUCAAGCAGAUGGGCAAGAUGGUGCACGACAAACAGCAGCUCCGGGUCAAUUUCGGGUGUCUGCUGCCGUCGCAGGUUCCGCUAGACCAGUUCUUCGACGUGAAUGUCAACAUCGGCAACGAGUUCGGCCUCUUCCGACGGGAUUACGUGAAGAGCGGGGAGCAUAUUUAUCUGCAGUGCUCACUGCGAAAUAACAGCGCGGAUAAGUACAAGUUGGUGUUCCAGGAGCCGCUGAACUCGUCGGACGUCGGCGAUGCAGGGAGUGUGGACGCGACGGGCAAGGUGACGCUGAAUGACCGAGGGAAGGCGAGCUUCAGGGUGGCCGUGGUGGCUGCCGUCGAUGCGUCAGAACGUGCAGACUCGACCACACCAGUCGCGCUUCAGGUCCGCGCCCAUGACAUGUCCAAGGUCACGUGGAACUUGUUUCCCGUGGUAUCGUUGCCGUUCACCGUUGUGCCUGCUGGUGGCGAGCUGGAGGAGGGAGUGACUGGAGAUCUCGGUGUGCAUUGCUGUCGUGCCGUGGCGAUGGAUGGGCUGCAUCAUGACAUUCUUCUUGCCGAGUCGCCCGGUAAUCUGGGAAUCGGAGGCAAGCUGUGGGAUUCGUGCUUAGUGUUGACACGCUACCUGGCCGCUCGAUGGGAGAUACUCGUCGGGAAGCAAGUGGUGGAGCUCGGCAGUGGCCUGGGCCUCGUUGGCAUUUUCUGCGCCAUGCUAGGUGCCAGCGUCACCCUAACAGACAUGCAGGAGGUUAUCCCGUUGCUGGAGUACAACAUCCGCCUGAACUUUCUCGACCAAACCGAAGGCGAGCCGACGAAGGGUCCUGCUAAAGGAGGUGGUGCCGUCGUCCCUGCUGCAAGAGCGCAUCUCUGGGGAGAUCCUCCGCGCGAUCUGCCGUCUCAACCGGACGUGCUGGUGCUCUCGGACGUCGUGUACGAUCCAGAAGGAUACGCGCCCCUCGUGUCAUCUCUGGACGCGCUAUCGACGACGGAGACGCUCGUUUUGAUGGCUCAUCGGUCGCGCAACCCCAUGGAGCAUCAGUUCUUUGAACUACUCUCGCGCAGCUUCUCCUGCCAGCAGAUCGACUGGCUUCCCUCCGAGAAGUCCGCUCCGAAAGCUCCCUCGAUUGGUGGUCCUCCAAGUGCAAAUCAAGCUUUAGAAGACGUGAAAAUUUUUGAAAUUCGGCGGCUGGCAGCGCAGUGA